CGGACAGAGGCAAACAGGGAUGGGGAAAGAGCGGGCGCAGAACAAGGGUUGCAGAAAUACCGUGUGUUUAAUGAAAUUCAAUCCGUCACAACCUGUCUCUGCACAGCAAGUUCAUCAGAGUGCAGAAUGAAGGAACAGGGAAGAGUUCCUGGUGGAUGCUCAAUCCUGAAGGAGGGAAGAGUGGCAAAUCUCCUAGGAGGCGAGCAGCAUCCAUGGAUAACAACAGCAAGUUUGCCAAAAGCAGAGGCAGAGCUGCCAAGAAAAAAGCAGCCCUUCAGUCUGGUCAAGAGGGAAAUGGUGACAGCCCCGGCUCACAGUUCUCGAAGUGGCCUGCAAGUCCCAGCUCUCUCAGUAACGAUGACUUCGAUAACUGGAGUACAUUUCGACCCAGAACGAGCUCUAAUGCUAGCACAAUUAGUGGAAGACUUUCUCCUAUUUUGCCAGAGCAAGAUGACCUUGGAGAUGGGGAUGUGCACUCCAUGGUAUACCCGUCAUCGACCACCAAAAUGACUUCUACUCUACCGAGCCUUUCAGAGAUGAGUAAUUCUGAGAACAUGGAAAAUCUUUUGGAUAAUCUCAACCUCUUGUCACCUAAUACAUCAAUGACUGUGUCAACCCAGUCUUCAUCUGCCACCCUGAUGCAGCAAACACCAGGUUACUCAUUCGCAUCCUCGACCACAAGUAUAGGUUCAGCGAAUCCUGACUACAGGAAAUUCACUUACGCCCAAGCUAGCAUGAACUCUUUGUCCCAGAUUCCUAUGCAGGCUCUCCAAGACAGUAAAUCAAGCUACGGAUCGAUGAACCAAUACAACUGUCCUGCGGGACUUCUGAAGGAGUUGCUGACUUCCGAUUCCCCGCCGCACGGCGAUAUCCUGGCGCCGGUGGACGCCGGUGUUUCCCAGGCCGGCGGCAGGGCGCUGGGCCAGGGCGUGCUGAUGGUGGCCAACUCGGUGGUGCCCAGCUACGGCAGCCAGCCCCCCCACGGCAAAAUGAUGAACCCCAGCGCCCGCCCUCACCAGGGACACAACCAGCCAGCGCCUGCAGUCAACGGCCGUGCCUUGUCACACACCGUGAGCGCCAUGUCACACACGGCGGGGCUGAGCCGCCUGUCCACCGUGAAGACUUCCUUACAAGUGCCUAUGAGUCACCCCAUGCAGAUGAACGCCAUGAAUCCCUACGCCCCUGUUAACAGUUGCAACGGCUACGGGAGGGUGGGAAUUGUUUCCCUCCACCAAGAGAAGCUUCCCAGUGACUUAGAUGACAUGUUAAUUGAACGGUUGGACUGUGACAUGGAGUCGAUUAUCCGUAAUGACCUUAUGGAUGGAGAAACAUUAGAUUUUAACUUUGACAGUGUAUUGCCUAACCAAAGUUUUCAGCACAGCGUAAAGACAACCACACACAGUUGGGUGUCAGGCUAGGAUGUAGUAGGAGGCUAUGGUUAAAUUCUCCAGACUUGUCUGACAGCAGGAACUGAGAAAAGCAGUA